AUGGACCGAGUGAUGUCAGUGAAAAUAACAGACAUAUUAACUAUAUCUUUGUUCCUUCUGCUUACUCUCAGAGUUACACUAGCCUAUCCUUUUGGACUUCAAAAUUUCGUGGUACCGAAGGAGCCAGCAGCUGUAGACCAGAGCGAGUAUUGGAAUGAGCUACUAGACGACGGGGGAACAAAUGUCCCCAAGAAACGAGGAUGUGUUGGAUUUCCUUGUGUAUACACCCACAUGGCGGAAAGGGCAGGACGAGCUUCUAUAGAGCGAUAUAUAGCCAAACUUAUUGAAGACUGCAUGAACGAUGACCAUUGCAAUCCAGGAAAAAGAAAGAGGAGAUCGUUAGUAAAACUUCUAAAACAACGGAGAUGA